UGUCUCCAUGAAGAGUGACUGGUCAAUGGGUAGACCUCCUGACCUUAAAGAAGGACGCCCCUCCAGAGAGGAGGGAGUCCAGCAGGAGACAGCAGACUACCCUGGACCCAACUGUGUCUCCAUGAAGAGUGACUGGUCUAUGGGUAGACCUCCUGACCUUAAAGAUGGACGCCGUUCCCGAGAAGAGAGGCAACCCCAGGAGAGUUCAAAGGUUACCAGUGCUCAGGUUGUACAGCCGCAUCAAUCAGAGCUGAUCAAGAGGGCGGAGGAGAACGCACACGCUUUUCUAGAUAAGGAGCUGAAGAAGCUCUGGAGGGAUCUCUUCUCAGAUUACUCACAAUUCUCAGAGAGCCAGUGGAAGGAGGAUGGUAAGAACGAGGAGCAGAGGAGGCGCGCCAUAAAGGGAGUGGUAGACAUCACAAAGCUCUGCCUGAUGGAGAUGAACCAGGAGGAACUGGCCAACAAACUGGCGAGUGGAGCUGCUGCUGUCCAGUGCCAACAUGAACUCAAGGCUCAUCUGAAGAAGAAGUUCCAGUGUGUGCUUGAGGGAAUCGCAAGAGCAGGAGGGCAGAGACCUCUGAAUGAGAUCUAUACAGAGCUCCUCAUCACAGAGAGAGGCAGUGGAGAGGUCAACAAGGAACACGAGGUCAGACUGAUUGAAAAGGCUUCCAGGAAGCCGGCCAAUGAGGAAACACCAAUCAGAUGUGAAGACAUCUUUAAACCCUUAUCUGGACAAGAUAAACCAAUCAAAACAAUAAUGACAUCCGGAGUGGCUGGCAUUGGUAAAACCUUCUUAACACACAAGUUCACUCUGGACUGGGCUGAAGGCAAAACCAACCAAGAGAUAGACUUCAUAUUUCUCCUCACUUUCAGAGAGCUGAAUUUACUGAAAGGGAAAGAGUUUGGCUUAGUGGAACUUCUGCAUCAGUUUUCUCUUGAAACCAAAGAAUCAGGACUCUACAUAUCCGACCAUGACCAAGUAGUCUUGAUCUUGGAUGGUCUGGAUGAAUGUAGAAUUCCUCUGGACUUCGAGAACAACCCGAUCUGGACUGAUAUCACGAAGCCGACCUCAGUGGACGUGCUGCUGACAAACAUCAUCAGGGGAUUCCUGCUCCCCUCUGCUCACAUCUGGAUAACCACACGCCCUGCGGCAGCCAAUCAGAUCCCUGCUGAGUUUGUUGACAUGAUGACAGAGGUUAGAGGGUUCAACGACCCACAGAAGGAGGAGUACUUCAGGAAGAGAUUCAGAGAGGGGAAACUGGCCAGCACAAUCAUCUCUCACGUCAAGAGAUCUCGAAGCCUCCACAUCAUGUGUCACAUCCCAGUCUUCUGUUGGAUCACUGCUAUAGUUCUGGAGGACUUCUUCAAAGCAUCCCAGAGAGGAGAAGAGGUGCCCAAGACAGUGACUCAGAUGUACAGCCACUUCCUGAGGGUUCAGUCCAUACAGGGGGACAGAAAGUAUCGUGGGAGACCUGAAACCGAUCCACACUUGAGUUCGGAGAGCAGGGAGAUAAUUGUUUCUCUGGGGAAACUAGCUUUUAACCAGCUGGAGAAAGGCCACCUGAUCUUCUACCAGGCAGACUUGGCAGAGUGUGACAUCGAUAUCAGAGCAGCCUCAGUGUACUCAGGAGUGUUCACCCAGAUCUUUAAAGAGGAGUUUGGACUGCACCAGGACAGGAUGUUCUGCUUUGUCCAUCUGAGCAUCCAGGAGUUUCUGGCUGCCCUUUAUGUCUUUCUGUCCUACAUCAACGCUGGUGUCAACCUGCUCUCAGAAGAACAGCCAACCUCCAGGGAAGAUGAACUCCUCCUCCUCUACCAGAGGGCUGUGGACAAGGCCAUAGAGAGUAAGAACGGGCACCUGGACUUGUUCCUCCGCUUCCUCCUGGGCCUCUCUCUAGAGACCAACCAGAUGCUCCUACAAGGUCUGCUGGGACCAGGAGGAAGUACAUUAUUGGGCAAUCAAACUCAAAAAGUUCUGCCGGGAAAGACCGGAAGGAGGUCACAGAUCAAUACCCAAAUAGUUAAUUAUAUCAAGGAGAAGAUGGUUGGAGAACUCUCUCUCGAAAGAAGCAUCAAUCUGUUCCACUGUCUGAAUGAACUGAACGACCGUUCUCUAGUGGAGGAUAUCCAACAGUACCUGACAUCAGGAAGUAUCUCCACAGUAUCUCUCUCCUCUGCUCAGUGGUCAGCUCUGGUCUUCAUCUUGCUGACAUCAGAAGAGCAGCUGGACGUGUUUUACCUGAAGAAAUACUCUGCUUCUGAGGAGGGUCUUCUGGGGCUACUGCCAGUGGUCAAAGCCUCCAAAACAUCUCUACUGAAUGGCUGUAAGCUGUCAGAGAGAUGCUGUGAAGCUCUGGCCUCAGUUCUCAGCUCCAACUCCUCUAGUCUGAUAGUGCUGGACCUGAGUAACAAUGAUCUGAAGGAUUCAGGAGUGAAGCUGCUCUCUGCUGGACUGGGGAGUCCACACUGUGCACUGGAAACUCUCAGACUGAAUGGCUGUCAUCUGUCAGAGAGAUGCUGCGAAGCUCUGGCCUCAGUUCUCAGCUCCAGCUCCUCUAGUCUGAGAGAAUUGGACCUGAGUACCAAUGAUCUGCAGGAUUCAGGAGUGAAGCGGCUCUCUGCUGGACUGGGGAGUCCACAUUGUAAACUGGAAAUUCUCAGGCUGGAUGGCUGUAAUCUGUCAGAGGGAUGCUGUGAAGCUCUGGCCUCAGUUCUCAGCUCCAACUCCUCUAGUCUGAAAGAGCUGGACCUGAGUACCAAUGAUCUGCAGGAUUCAGGAGUGAAGCUGCUCUCUGCUGGACUAGGGAGUCCACACUGUACACUGGAAACUCUCAGGUUGUCUGGCUGCCUGAUCACACAGGAAGGCUGUGCUUCUCUGGCAUCAGCUCUGAGCUCCAACCCCUCCCAUCUGAGAGAGCUGGACCUGAGCUACAAUCACCCAGGAGACUCUGGAGCUGCGCUGCUCUCUGCUGGACUGGAGGAUCUACACUGGAGACUGGACACUCUCAGUGUGGAGCACAGUGGAGCGUGGAGGCUGAAACCAGCUCUAAAGAAGUAUGCCUGUGAACUCACACUGGACCCAAACACAGCCAACAAACUUCUCUCUCUGUCUGAGGAGAACAGAAAGGUGACGCAGGUUGAAAAGAACCAGUCGUAUCCGGAUCACCCAGAGAGAUUUGACUCCUGCCCCCAGGUGCUGUGUAGAGAGGGUCUGACUGGCCGCUGUUACUGGGAGGUAGAGCGGAAAGGAGAGGUUUAUAUAGGAGUAGCAUACAGAGGAACCACAAGGAAAGGAGCGGGUGAUAACAGCGGGCUGGGAUGGAACAACAAGUCCUGGAGUCUUGUUUGUUCUGAUGAUGGUAACGUUGCCCGUCACAACGGUAGUAGAACAACCAAACGUCCUCCCCCCGCUGGCUCUAAAAGAGUAGGAGUGUAUCUGGACCGGCCUGCUGGCUCUCUGUCCUUCUACAGCGUGUCCCCAGGUGGAGGGGGGUCCUCAGACACACUGACACACAUCCACACCUUCCAGUCCACCUUCACCCAGGAGGACCUCCUCCCUGGGUUUAGGUUACGUCAGACUGGUUCCUCAGUGUCUCUGGUAGUGUCCACUGUAGAUACACACACACACAAACACACAUGUACACUGUUAUAAACACACCCAAACCAACCAACACAUAUGUACAUAGACAUUAACACACACAUUGUUCAUGAAUCUUUAUACACACACACAUAUCCAUAAAAACACAAGUACACUAACAACUACACACACACAUCGUUCAUGGAUCAAACACAUAGCAGGUCAGUGAGCCGGUGAGAAGCAGCAGGUAACAUUGGUGUCUCUCGGUGGUUAAUCUCUCAGCCCUCUCUGUGUUCAGCUGGGCUGCUGAGCGUCAGAUUAGAGGGGGCCGCUUGGGUCUGGGGGGUACUCACAGUCCUGACGUUGUUGAGGACCAGCUGUUAGGGGGACGUUUGAAUACCUGUGGACCCAUGGGGACGUACCUGUAGUGCAUCGGGUUGUUGAGCAGCAGCUGUUGGUGCUCUGAGGGUCAACACGUUCAUUGGAAAUACAACUCUUUGUGUUUUGUGUCUUUAAGUGCUGCAUUUUAUUUGGCUUAUGAAAAGUUCAGCAUUAUAAACCAUGAAAAUACUUUUAAAGGAUCCAUAUUAUGGUGUUUUCCCAACCAGUAAAACAUAGUAAUUGAGUUCCAGAAAAUAUGCAUUUGAAGCCGUUGAAAUAGCUUUUAGCCUACCGCUAUUCCCCUCUGAUUCAGUCCCUUCACAAUGUGCCGUUUCUGGUGUCCGUAGCUUUAAUGCAAAUGAGAUGCUGCGGCUGCCCAGUAAUUAUAGUAAUAAUAAUAUAAUAUAUAGGUCUCUAUAUUAUAUAAUAUCUUAUAUCACCGCCAAAAGCUAUGAGCGCCUCGGGUGACAUUAUGAAUCAUAAAGACUGCGUCUGACGUCUAUGGUACUUCCACAACAAGUAAUGACUCGAAGUGGGGGUUAUCUCGGCCAUGGUGGAGAAGAAUUGGACAAAAGGAACUAUGGCUUUGACUCUGAAGUCAGAUUGGGGGAUUGCACUCUGUGUGUGAACACCUCCGCCCAGCACUCAUCCACUGGUCCACAAAAUCGUAUCUAUGCUCUUUUUGGAGGGGGAUGGGGAAGUGGGUGGUAAUAUUUAAAUGU